AUGUCUGUUCUCUUUAAGGUUGAGUUUUCUAGUAUGGCUAAUCAAUCAAAACAAAUUAUUAAAGACAACAAUUUGGACCAUAUUAUUGAAGUUGUUCACAGCAAAGUUGAGGAUAUUCAACAUUUGCCAGAUGGAUGUGAAAAGGUUGACGUUAUCGUUUCUGAAUGGAUGGGUUAUUGUCUUUUUUACGAGUCUAUGCUUAACACUGUGAUUUAUGCACGUGAUAAAUGGCUAGCUCCAAAUGGUAUUUUGUUUCCUGACAAAGCGGUUUUAUACGUUUGUGCUAUUGAAGAUCGCCAAUACAAGGACGAAAAGAUCAACUGGUGGGACAAUGUUUAUGGUUUUAAUAUGGCAAGUAUUCGCCAAGUUGCUAUAACUGAGCCGUUGGUAGAUGUUGUUGACAGGGGUCAAGUGGUUUCGGAUAAUUUUGCAAUUAAAGAAGUUGAUCUCUAUACAGUCACUGUUGCCGAUCUUACAUUUGAAUCUCCAUUCACUCUUCGGUUUAUCCGCAACGACUAUGUUCAAGCCUUAGUUUCUUUCUUCACUAUUGAAUUCACUAAAUGCCAUAAACGUGUCGGAUUUAGUACUGCGCCGGACCAGAAAUAUACGCAUUGGAAGCAAACAGUUUUUUAUCUUUGUGACUCUAUAACUUGCAAGAAAGGGGAGCAGAUGGAAGGCGUUUUUGGUGUUAUGCCCAAUUCAAGAAAUCCGCGUGACUUGGACUUUCGUAUUACUAUUAACUUUGCCGGUGAGCUUUGCGAAUUGCAAGAGAACAACAAAUAUGUUAUGCAUUAA